UCUACGACGUCGUCGAUGGAAGGCGGCACCGGUACAACAAGGUGGACCAGGUCGAAGGGUCCAGUGGAUUGUGAUCCCACUGCUGUUCUGUUUACAGAACAGGGGAAGAAGAAGAAGAAGAAAACCGCAACGGUGGCAGGGGUCGGGACAGGUGACGAUCCGGCCAUGGCAGAAAAGGAAAACAUCGCGGAGUUGCUUCGGACAAUGUUGGCACAACAGAACGCGACGAUUCAGACGCAACUUGACAACCUAAAUCAGCAAUUGACGGAACUCAGGACGACGACAAAUGCCCCUGUUCCGUUGAGGAAUAUCGCCGACGAAGCUUUAGUGGCCAAUCCAAAUCCAAAUCAGGGCAAUGAUGGGGAUCGACAACUAGAAACAGGGCCAGGCAACAAUUUGGCUGAACUGAGGGGGAUUAAGCUGCAAUUGCCUCCGUUUUCUGGCUCCAACAACGCCUUUGCUUUUCUCGACUGGGAAAGGAAGGUGAUGUUGUUUUUUCAGUGCGGCAACUAUAGCGAGGCGCAAAAGGUACUCCUUGUGACAUACGAGUUCACCAACUACGCCGCACAGUGGUGGGAGCAGACCCGACUCCGCCGACGGUGGAAUUUGCAACCUAAGAUCAUGACGUGGGGAGAAUUGCGGGGUCUUAUGCGCGAACGGUUUGUGCCCGGCUAUGAUCAGCGGGAAUUGCACGAAACAUUGCAGGGUUUGCGCCAAGGGUCACGAUCUGUCGAAGAGUACUUCCGCGAGUUUGAGCUGCUUAUGAUGAGGGCUGACGUUAGGGAAGACCGCGAAGCAACUAUUGCGCGUUUCCUCUAUGGUCUAAACCGAGAGCUUCGACAAGAAGUUGAGCUAAGGGCUUUCAUCGAGUUAGAAGAGGUUGUUCACUUGGCCGUCAAGGUUGAAAGACAACUCAAACUCGUUCCUGGAAGGCGGAAUUCACCUGCCAACAAGACCAAUACAGAGGCUAUUCCCAACUCUGCUUCGUUACCAAUGCAAACCGAAGCCGAGAAAACGGCAAUUCGCAAUCCGCAGCUAAAAUGGAAGGCUGCAGUGCUCAGAUUCAGUGUUUUAAAUGCUUGGGGCGUGGACACAAGGCAAACCAAUGCCCGAAUCGGAAAACUCUCGUACUCAGGGACGGAGAGUACUACUCUGAGGAUGAUGAGGAAACUCCGGCAAAACUGGCAAUCGACUCUAAAGUAGACGAAAUCAAAGAGGAAAUCCAACCUGAAAUUGCGCCACUGCCAGGCAAGUUGUUUGCAGUCAGCCGAAGGGCGCUCACCGCGACUCAUCAAGCCGAGAUAGACCAAAGGGAGAACCUCUUUCAAUCGCGGUGUUUGGUCGAGGGUCAACUGCUGUCAGUAAUCGUCGAUGGCGGCAGUUGCGCUAACGUUGUUAGCUAGGACGUUGUUAAGCACUUGGGACUAAACACAAGUCUCCAUCCAGCACCAUAUAAUUUGCACUGGCUUAACGACUACGGCGCAAUAAAAGUUCAGCGACAAG